GCUCAGUGGCUCAGGACUCGACUUCCUCGCUUCACACCAUCUAAAUAUGAAGGCAGGACUCGUUCUGGCAGCAACUGCCUUCCAUGCCGUCGCUGCAACCUCCUCGCUUCCGUCCAUCAAGCUCAGCUUCAACAUUCAACGGCCCGCUAUGGAGGUCUACGGAUCUUCCAGCUUCGACGUCUACGUCAAGCCCGUUCUAAGUGGUGCCAACGUCUCCUUCGAUGGCAAGGUCACCUUCCAGCAGGGCGGCACCACCCACAAUCUGUACGUCGUGAACGGUAUUCCAUACCACGAGGUCAUUAACAGCACUACGGACUCCACGACAUGCCUACCCACUGAGCUGUUCCCGAGUGUGUCUGAGAUCGUGGAUGCCAUAGCAUCGGCGACUCCUGUCUCCACAGUCAACACCAACCUAGACAUAUUAUGCAACAACGGUACUUGGCUCAGCACCACCUUCGCUGGUGAGUCCUACGUGCUGUGUACUGGAGCUGAAGAUAGCAACUUCACGGUGUAUGGCGAGGAUUUGAGUAUCUCAUUCGAGUAUCUGUCCGAGGACGUGACGAUCACCAGGCCCUCAAACGCUCCUAGUGACUGUAGCACCGUGUCGGAUGGUUCAGUAGCUUUAUCUUCUCUCGGUCAGCUCUAUGGAAUCACCAUGUCACACUCUCAUCGUGUACUGAAAGAAGAGGCCGGAGCUGUGCACCUCGCCAGCUCGACAUGCACUUGUCAGGGCACCCCUCGUCCGUGUUUGUUCUUCCACGGCAUGGACGUCACAGCGGAUGGUGGCAUUGUGGACAGCUACUCGUUCUUCGGUGAUAUCAAGCAGCACGCACCCUGCUGCUCCUCGUUUAACUUUGCGGUUUUAAACACCGUGGACUACGAAUGGUACAACGAUACGUUGCAGCAGAAGGCUUGCAACGCAGCGAUGCAAGUGAGUACAGGCACUGCCAACAGUGGCUCGACCGAGAUCAACAAUCUGAUUAUUGUGGCUCACUCCAUGGGCAACAAUAUGUUCGCGGGGGCGUUGGCGACAGGGAAAUGUUCGAUUGGUAGCAACGUCGACUGGGUGGAUCUGAGUGGCCCUAUGAGGGGCAGUAUGGGCUCAGACUUUAUUCACCAGAUCUGCGAUGGCGGUAACACGUUCAAGGACAUUUUUGCUCAACUUGGCGGACUUAUCGGCCAAUGUCCUGGUACCACAACACGGCGGUCACUUGUGUACGAUGGCGGUAACUAUUGUGAUGCUGAAUGCUCUGCUCGCUAUGCAGCGGCACAAGCUGUCCACAAGAAGUACGUGACUGCUAGUAUGUGUGGCACGACGUACUCUGGAUUGCUUUCUAGCGAGUACGCGGGCCUACUGGCUGGCGGUUUGCUCAUCCCGCACCAUUCGUCCAAGAACGAUGGCAUUGUUGAGUUCCAGAGCUGUGUAGGGAACUUGGACUCUUCGGCGUUCGAAGCCACGUACUCAAGCACCUGGUAUGCUGCGGCAUUGAACCACGCUGACACGACGUUCCACAACGGUGAAGGAUUGUUAAGUAGUGCGAAGAAGCCUUUGAAGUGGUUCGAGUGUUUGCUAUAA